CGAUUAAUGGUCGGUCUACUUCCACGCAUCCAUCUCCGUUUCGCUCAUUGUCUCCAGAGAGACGCACACACAACAACUCCAAGAGUCCAGUCAGGCCCCGUGACUUCCAGAGUUCUUCAUUAGACCAGAAAGCGAUCAUCAUUGAUCCCCGAAAACACACCACGGCAUCUAGAAUAAGAAUACGGACAGGACGUCCUCCGCAGUUGCUAUGCGACUCUUCGUCAUCCCUAUCUCGACGCGACAAGCUCUGAUCUAUGCUCGCCCCCUCCGCCGCGGUCCGUCGCAAGCACCUUCGAUACACGAGAAGAUCACGCAGAAAGCCGCAGAAACAUGGGCCAAAUGGGAGGAGGCCGAUAAAGGAUGGAAGAAGCACCUGGUUUCGUGGGGUAAUAGAGUCCAACAACGAAUCCCAUAUCAAGAAUGGGGCCUGAAAAGCAUUCCAUCGCUGGAGUCAGCGCGACGAGUUGAUGAAUCCCACGGGACGAAAAAAGUGGAUGUGCUUUUUCCGGGGAAUGCAAUCCGGCCUGAAAAGCUCCGAACCAUGCUGCAAGCCAUUGCGACCGAGAGACAGGACUUGCAUCGCCGGAGGAUGUGGUUGAGCCUCCUCGUGACUCCUCUAACCAUUCCCAUUGGACUCAUCCCUCUUGUACCUAAUGUUCCUUUCUUCUACCUCGUGUACCGAGCAUGGUCCCAUGGACGAGCAUUGAAUGGCUCCAAGCAUCUGGAGGUUCUCCUGGAAAGGGAUCUCUUGAAUCCAACAUCACACCCUGGGCUUGAAGAACUGUAUGCGAGGCGGGUCUCCUACGCGCUGGAGAGCACGGGGGUAGGCAAGCCCAUAUCGGAGAUGGUGGAAGAAGUUGAGAAGAGCGAUGACCGGCUACUACUUCGUAUGAAGGAUGCGAAGAAACUGGCUUCAAUCCUUGAGGCACCCGACCUUGCGUUGGAAGCGGAGCGAGCCAUUAUACAAGUGGAAGAGGAACUGAAAACGCAAACCAAAAAAGAGGGUGAGGAUGGAACUUCCGACAAGAAAAGUACAUGACUUCUGUCUUUGAUUGGGAUGAGGAGUCCCGAGUGAGUAUCCUCAUGGCUUAAUGGUUGCUAGCUGCCCGGGGGCUUCUUCCGAUGUAUAACUGUUCGUGCAGGGAUGCGGUACAUAGUGUUGGCCAUGGUGCAUGGCGAAACCAGCUUGGCAGAGCACAGCCUGGUAGAGGGGCGAGUAAUGUCUAGACAUUUUUUUAGAUAUUUAUAUGGAAAACCCACGACUUGACAUGG